UCAGUUUCUUUCAACUCAGACCGGGCGGUUUGAUGGCACAGGAUGUACUCUCUGAGAAACCGCGACUUGACAUCUUUGGUUGGUGGAGCAGAGGCCAGCGAAGCUGCAAGAGCAGAACCCUGGCUUGAAGCGCCGAGCCGAGUUACAAGACCCAAGGGACCCAAAAUCGGAACUUUGGGAAGUGCUCGGAUCUAUGGAAAGAGGCGCCACUUGCCUGCCACGAGAGACCGAGCAAGACCAGGAUCUGCAGUGGCCUCUGGAAUUUGUGUUGAACGAACCGAGCAUGAACCGGAGACCAAGGAGGACACAGAGGAAAGGCUAGCAGAUGAUGAGAAACUUGAACUGCGAGCAUUUCGUGAACUGAAAGAGCUGAUGCAGGCUUACAAAGAUUUGAAAACGCGUUUCGACAACAGAGGUGCUGAAAUGUCGAAACUCUACGAAAGGAUUCGGAAGCUAGAAAGACAAAACCCAGCACCCAGCAAAGACCCUACUUCUAACAAUGCAACAAGCCUUUUGUCCUGUCGCCAGUCUUGUUGUAUACCUCUGGCACGCUUGGAAAAGGCUGGACUGAACGUUGAGACAGUCCAGGACUUGGAUGCAAAGUGGGCGGGCUAUGUUUUCAGCAUUUUGUCUGGGCAAGCUAGAUCAUCUGGCAGGACGAUGUAUGAAAUCUUUCGCAAGUAUGCAGAUGCACAGGGUCGCAUCGAUGAGGCAGCCUUUCGAAAUCUCAUACGCCAGUUCAUUCCAUCAAUGCCAGAAGAAAGGCUUACAAGGCUCUUCUACUUUGCGGAUACGGACGGUUCGGGCAUGUUGAACCUGCUAGAGUUUUUGAGGCUCUUCGGUGUUGAUGUGGAUGGAAAGAUGGGUGAAGAGUAUUUUGAGCAUGUGAUGGUCCGGAUGCGAAAGGCCGUGGCCAAGAGUGGUGGCCUGGUGAAUGUGCUCCGGCUCAAUGACCGGUAUUUAAAUCGCAGCUAUUCUCGCCACAAGCUGGUGGAUGCGAUCAGCCCCCUGGCGCCAAGCCUGAGCCGAGCUGAGAUCUACGAGGCGACGGCUCGCUUUAUCACGGCGGUGGGUGAUGUGAAUUUGCAGGACCUGCAUGAUGCCAUGGAGCUCUGUGCUUCUUCUGCCUUUGUCAGUGAAGAUUGGGUCCACAAACUCUUCAAAACUGUUUCCUCAGCCAUCCAGAAGCACAACAAAGAUUUGAAGAGCAUUUUGAAGUCACUGGGCCAAGGUGGCACGGUGAGCCGUGAGGAGUUGCGCACCUUUCUUCGACAAUUCCAGCCCAACUUGUGUGACAGUCAUAUUGGCCGUGUCUUUGGAUUCUUAUGCGCCAGCUGCCCCACGGGUUCUGGUAAUCUCACUUUGGGCCACUUGGUCGAGACCAUUUGCAGGCCAACCCUAGGACCUGUUCAAAUGGGCUCCAACCGCUCCAGAUUGCCGCUGGAAGACACGUCUCGUUUGGCGGUGCAACUCUCACAGCUCUGUGGAGGUUUGGAGAAUGCAUUCGAUCAUUUGAACCCUUGUUUGUUGUACGAGGAAUUUUGCACCGCACUUCAGUCCCUUGGUUUCAGCCAUGCCUUUGACUUUGAGAAGAUCUUUGCCGUCAUUGAUGUCCAUCGAAGCGGCCGCGUCCCCAAAUCUGUUUUCAUGUCCGUCUUGGAGCGAUUUGUGCAAUCAAUCACAGAGAAUCCAGACCGUGACCUUGAUGCACCCAAAUCGAGCAGCAGUGCCAAGAAAGGAGGGCUGAUGGACAGCGACAAGUUCAUGAAUGACAUGGAUGACCGCUUGCAGUAUUUCCGCCAGACCUUCCAGGCUCGCAGGCAGCAUGGUCGGAAUCAACACGUUCCGGUGGCUUUGCAUGAGGAGCUACUCUGGGAGUUUCAAAAGGCCGUCAAUCGCUUGUUGGUGCUGGAAUCCGAACUUCAAUAUAGGCAGAAACAGGAAGUGAGAGAUGAUAUGCACAUGAGGAGAGGCUUGAUUGAUCAAGUCAGGGAUUUGGAGGCAGCCCUAGCUCGCCUGACAGCCAAAAAGAACUCCUCGUCUGCCGCCCAUAUACAACAGGAGAAAGUUGAGACAUCAGACUCAGAUAAGAUACCUGAAGCUUGGCAUGCUGGCUAUCGGGAAGCCAAAGCGGCUUCUAUGGCUGAGAUUGAGAAUUUGCAAAAGGAGCUUGACAUUGCCAAGCAGGAAAAGAUCCAUUUGCAGCUUGCACUCAGCCAGCAGGAAGAACGCUGGGAAGGAAUUCAAGCGUUCAAGGCCAUUGAAGAAAGUCAGAAGAAGCAGGGCAGCUCGGAAGCUCAAAAUGAAUCAAGGGUGGCCGUCCGUUUUUCAGGCGGAGAGAACAAAGUGACCGGCAGGCAAGAUACCGCUGAAGGUGCAAUGCUCGAUGCUCUGCGCCACUUUUCCAAAAAACGCAAUGCUGAUACGUUUGCUUCAUCGGUGAAGGGUAUCUCCAUUGCAGGACGUUUCAUUGUGAAAGAGGUGCUGGCAGUGGAGUUUGACUCGAUUGUGCUGGCUUGUGGAGAUGCUUUCAACAUGCGAGAAGUGACCCUAAAGAUGCCCAUCACAGAAGGGGCCAGAACACGAACCAAUUUCUUACGAGAAUGUUGUGUCUACACCGUGCUCUCCGAAGUGGCGGAGGUCCAAGAUGUCAUACACUUCCCGGGUUUGACCAGUGGCCUGGCCUACUGCGUGAUGGAACGUUUGCAUGGCAGGCUUUUGUCUCAACACCUGCAGCGAAUCCGAACAGGCCAUGAAGAGCCCCUUCCAGCACACGCGGCUGCUGAUAUUUGUGAUGCCAUGCUUCAUGGGCUUGAAGCAUGUCAUGCACGGGGAGUCACACACUUGGAUUUAAAGCCUUCAGUUAUUUGGGAGGUCGCUCAACCUGCAGGGGUGGUGGUGAAGAUUCUGGACUUUGGAUUGGCACGGCUUGCAAACCUGGGGGUCUUGCCUGCAGAUGCGCGGCAAUUCUUUCGGCCAGGUGCGGGUGGUAGCUCAGAAGCGAACCCACAGUUGCAAUUUGACAAUGUUUUGGCGGCAGAGAUGCCUGUGGCACCACCUAAAGCAACAGACGGGCUUCAAGCAUGGAUGCCUUUGGCCCCCUUUGCACAGUUGUCUGGUGCCGGCUCGUGCUGGUACAUGUCUCCUUCACGGUGGUGUGGAUUUGCAGUAGCAUCACGGACAGCUGCGGAACAGCCUACGAUGCGCUUGUGCAAUGUACCUUCUGGCAACCUUUGGCUGGAGCGAGGUCCCACACAAGACAUCAUUGGUGUGAGUAAAAUCACGGCAGCCUCCUCGGCGAUUCAAGGCGCAGCAGUCGCCAUGCAGUUGCCUGAAGGGACCUACUUUGAAGUGCAGCUCCGGAAGGUUUGGCCAAGCCCGAUGUUGCCACCGGGGUCAGACUUGGCCGUUGGCCCAGCCAUCGGGUUCACUCGAAUUCCUCCACAAAGUGGGUUUUCAGCCUUGACUUCCAAGGCGAAGGACUGGCCACUGAGCUGGGUCUUGGGAUAUGACGGCAGAUUUUUCCAUGAUGGUGCUGAAGCAGCUCCCGUGUUGAACUCACCACACUUCGCAGUUCAUGAGUUUCGGCGGCACCGGGAUGCGAAGCUUGCAGCUGCUGGAAGUGGAGACACCGACAUCGAAUGGCCAACGGGGCCUUUGGGCUGGUCCUUUGUCGAGCUGCUGCGGGAGGAUACUCUAGGGCUGUUGGCAAAGAGGUCCGAAGAGCUUGUGGUUUAUGUGAAUGGCCGAGUGGUCUCGUGCGUGAGUGUUGCAGGCCUCUAUGAUGGUGGUCCAUUGUACCCGCUGCUGGAAAUAUGUGGUGUUGCACGGGAGGUCGCGUUCGUGUGCAGCCCGGCAGGGCCUGGAGGUGAAGAGGACCGUGAUGAAAGGCUUAGAGCAAAAGAUCAGUUGGCCGCAACAGUGGAAAGUCUUGCAACGAGGUCUUUAAGCAGCAUUUCAGAUGUAUAUGCAGCUGCUCUGGUCGCGCAGCAAGUGUUUCAGAGCCACAGCCUUCCAGAGGUGCCACCUGCCUUUGUGAAAUUGCUGAUAGCUACGCAACUGUGGCUAGAUCAAGGAAGACCAGAUGUUUCUGACCACAAUAGCAUGUUGAUAGCACUUACUCACUGGGCUUCUACAGUUCAGAAAUCCCAACUCUUUGCAGGACAACUGUCUCCAGAGAUUCAAGAGGUUCUGCAGCGUGUGCUUGAAUCUAGCAACUUGCAGGCUGGAAGCACAGCCAUUCGCACAGCAGAGGAUUUUCGUGCAGCCCUGAACGAAAAAACCGCAUGCAGCCACGUGCCUCCCGAGUUCCUGCGAAGCCAUAUCCAGCAAAAGGCAGCCCCUCCAGCAAAGCGCCGGCGAGCUGGAGGGUCCAGUGAAGUCGAAUCAAUGGAAGAGAGGAGCGUUCUGUGGGACCUGACGCCAUGGACGCUGUCCGCUUCUCAUGUGCGAAGGGUUAUGGUGGUGCUGCAAUCUCAAGAUGGGCUUCGCAUCAGCUCAGUGAACAUUGGAAGGCUUGAAGCCAACAUACCUGAUCAGUUGCUGCUUGCCUUUGCCGAGUGCUUUGAGGGCCCCAGUGGUUGCAACGCAAGCUGUGAGAGGCGAGCCUUGCCCAGAUUGUUGUUCCGCGAUGCCCCACUGCCAGCGGAAGCUUGCCCUGUGCCCUUGAGCAAGCUUGUGGAAGAUAAUGCAGCUGUUCUUCUUUUUCAUUUUGUGCGGUGCAUUCACUUGCAACCAGAUGACGAGAUGCCUGUCAGAUUGUCAGCCAAAAUGAUUGGAUCCGCACUUCGGGAGAACUGGGCACUUGAAGAGCUUAAGGCCAGCAACUUGCAUUUUGAAGACCGCGGCAUGGAUUUUAUUGGUGAGGCUUUGACACACGGCUGCCAUCUCUUGAGGCUUGAGCUUGCACAGAAUAGAAUUACCGCCGCUGGAGUGCAGGUUUUGGCACAGGCCAUGAUCAACCCGGGCUGCGCUUUGCGACAUUUGGAGCUUCAGAGCAAUGAGGUGGCCUGCGCCGGAUGCAGUUUUUUGGCCGAGAUGCUGAGAGAGAACAACUCUUUAGAAUAUUUAGGGCUUCAGCACAACAACAUCGCAGCCGCUGGUGCAGUUGCUCUUGGGACUGCCCUGAUCAGCAACUCUUGCCUUGAAGAGCUGAAUUUGGGUCGAAAUGUGGUAGGAGCUGCGGGAGCCGGUGCAUUGGCAGCAGCGACUCGCUCCAAUUCUUGUCUUCUAAGGCUCAACUUGCAAGACAAUGGCUUGGAGAUCCUGGCUGGGACAACGAUUGCAGAGGAGCUGAGCGCUGGAAUGCAGAUGGAUCUUGAUGGACUCUUGGACUCGGUCUUGCCAAGACAAUCUUUGGCAAAGCGAUCAACUGUAACUCGACCCAAGGAUGGUGUUUGUGGAAGCCAGCUAGUGAGCUUGAAUCUACGUCACAACCAUUUGGGUAGCAUUGGUGGUGCAGCAGUGGUGGCGGCGCUGCAAGUCACACGCACUCAAUUGUCUGAGCUAAACCUUGCUUGGAACGGUUUGGGCUUGGAAGCAGCUGCAGCUUUGGCGAACUUGCUUGGGCCACAUUCCCAAUGUAUACUGACCAAACUCGAUUUGAGAGACAAUCGGGGGCUGGGGAUUGGCGGUGUUUUGCCAAAGGCCUUGAAUCGCCUCACAUUUGCUGGAAAAGAAGCUCGAGACGAUCAAAAUGAAAGGAGAGAUGAACGCCGAAGAGAAUCCGCUCAGCAUCUCCAAUGGUUGAACCUUGCCAAUAUUGAUUUGGACAAUGAAGGUGCAUCCCUGCUGGCUCCAAGCAUGACCAUGUUUUCUCACUUGGAAGAGCUGUACCUCUACAACAACGUACAGCUUGGCUGUGCACGAGUCAGCAAACCAGACUGGCGGCCUGACGAGCCUGUCGAACGUCCAAAAGAAGCCGCUGGCGCACCUCAGGGCAUUUGCCGCUUGGCUCGGUCACUGCCAGCCAGCCUCACAAAGCUUGCUCUAGGCUCGUGCGCGCUGGGCCCACGGGUGACAACAGAGUUGUUUGGCAUUCUGACGACGCACUCUGGUUUGGAGCAUUUGGGUCUUUGUGACAAUGACCUUGCCGACGGGGAUCAAGCUCUCUUGGCUCAGUUGCACUCGUCUAUUUGCAAAUUCCUUUCGUCAUCAAUCAAGAAUUUGGAUCUUUCCUUGAACAACCUGGGCGAUGAGUGUGCCAUGGCCAUCAUUACCACCCUGGCUCGGGAACAGCGCGAGAUUAUCAUUUCCUUCGGAGCCAAUAAGGUCUCCCAGACGCUUCGAGAGCUGGUGCUGGGGACAUCGCCACCCAAGGGCGAACGACCUAAGGUGGAAGCGGAUCUCUUGGAGCUUUUGGAGACGUCACCAUGGCUGCGCAGCUGCUUUUUGAUAUGAGAAGACCAGGAGGAGUUGGCGCAAAGCUGUACGGCCCCGCCCCGGGAAGAAUGUUCAACAACUGCAAAGCACUCGAUAUGUCCAAAGAGCCACCUAUCGUGAAAGCUGCAUUGGGUGACAAAGUGCCUACACAUGCUCAACAUGCAAGGACAGCAAAGUGCUCCAGCUGCUCAUGCUCGUAGAGUCUCACCUUUCAGCUCACCGCCUUCAAAAUUGAGGGUGGUUCCACCACUGGUCCUGAAUAACAGGCCAUGCAGCGUUGAAAA